CAGAUAAUAAGAUCAUUUUUCUUAUCGUUCAAUAUGGGUAAGAUAAAUGGAUAUAGUAAAAAAUAACUUGUGUUGCUUUAUCAUUGUUUUUUUGACGAAUUUUCUUAUAUUUUUUGUUCCUAAUACAAACAAUUGAAUGUCAGUUAUUAUUAGUAUAGAAUAAGUCUUUUUUUCUUAUUUAGAACUCGACAACAAGAUUUCUAUGAUCAAUAUUCAUCAUCAUACAAUGAUUCACAUUAUUGGCAUGGAAAUAAUUCAAAUUCAUAUGAUUUUUAUGGUUCAACAUCGGUGAAAAUUCCUCAAUUUCAACAUCCAUCUCAUAUACUUUUACAACACAAUGGUUUUACUCAACAAGUUUAUCUUAAAUAUAGACAAGAAUGUCUUGGUGGUCAAUUGUAUGGUUUAGAAAAAUUCUGGGUAUUUUUAAAAUAUUCUCGACAAAAACCAAAAAUUAAUUCAAAACUUGAAGAAAUUUUAAAAUACUAUAAAAAUCGUGAAGACUUUCGUGUUGAUGGUGCAUCAUUUCCACGACAAUUUUUUCCAACAAAAUCAAGAAUUAUAACUGUUCCAGCACCCGAAGCAAUUACUGCUGCAGCAGCAAAGAACAGUGAAACAUCAAAUUCAUUAAAAAUCAGUGGUGAACAUUUUCC